UUCCAUCUUACACCUCCUGUUUGCUCUCUGUGUCUGCUGGUGUCUCCUCCAUGCCUAGAUUCCUCUCCUACCUCCUCUCUCUGCCCAGAGGUCCCUUCUAUACCUUCUGUCUAACUAUUGCUGUUCAGUUCUGUAUUAAACCAAUCCCAGCAAUAUAUCUUCACACAGUGUACAAAUAUCCCACAACAAGAAAUUAGGAAAACUGGGUAUAAAAGGUUUGGUACUGCAAGACCAAGAUGGCCGCGAGAAUCACCACUUUCCUCAAGAAUGCCUGGGCGAAGGAGCCGGUGCUGGUGGUGUCCUUCUCAGUCUGGGGCCUUGCUAUAAUUAUGCCCAUAAUCAGCCCCUACACCAAGUAUGCUUCCAUGAUCAACCAGGCAACAUGCUACAACUACCCAGUCCCUGUACGAGAUAAUGGAAACAUGCCCGAUGUGUCCAGCCACCCCCAGGACCCUCAGGGCCCAAGCCUGGAAUGGCUGAAGAACCUGUGAAUACUCCUGUUGAUGAAAGAGGCCCUUUCCCUGUU